AUGACGUCAAACGAAGUACAAUGCAGCGGUUUCUCAGAGCCGACUGAGCUUGUUCGUUCGCAAUCUAUCCAGGAUACAAUGGAGCUAUGCCCCCGUGGCUGUCUUGACCUACCGCACGCUCCAGAAUAUAUUGGCUCAACAAAAAGCGUGAUUACAAGGAUAGUGAACCGGACUAAAGCUUCUACAAAUCCUGACGAUACGGUCUAUCUGAAGUUUACGAACGUGCCGCCGGAAAUUGCCACCGGAACGGAUAUCAAGGCUACACGGAACUUCUACGACUUCGAGACGCGUUGCAUGAUCAUUACUAUUACUGGAGGGCCACAUGAGCGAGCAAUCGGUCAAUGGAACUCUAUUAUGACAAUCCUAGCGAUAUCCUCAAACCUGGCUAUCAUAUCUGAUGGAACUGCUCGAAAGACUGGAAAUUCGAGUCACAAAGAACCUGACUCACAAUAUAUGCCAGAGGAUCAGGAACGUGCUUGGCCAACGGUGGUAUUAGAAGUGGGAUAUUCUGAAUCCCAGACUAAACUAAAAUGUGACGCGGCAUGGUGGCUAGCCAACUCGAAUGGAGCAGUCAACCUGGUAAUUACCAUCGCGAUCCACAGAACUCAAGCACAGAUCACUAUUGAGUGUAUUGUGCUGGAUCGAACUGCCCCACCGGCUCGCCAUGCUCGCCCCCGUUACUGUCCAGUAACUCGACAGAAGCUUGUUAUCGUACGGGAUCAGAACGGAGUCAUAACAACAACACCCGCAGUGCCACUUCGCAUUACCGUGCAAGAGAUAAUGGCACGCCCUCCAUUACCGGGUGAGACUGAUAUCCUUGUUCAGGUGCCUCAGUUACAGCACCUUGCCGCUCUAGUCUGGCGCGCGCAAGGACUUACACCUCAAGGAAAUACACCUCAAGGAAAUACGCGUCGACGAAAUACACGUCGACGAAAUACACGUGGCUAG